GCGACGGGCGCAGGAAUUGUACGUCUGUAACAAGCUACUACAUUUCCCAUGAGCACCAGCUCGGCUGAAACUACAACAGACAACAUGGCGGGAGUCGGAGCUUUCCUGAAAAAUGCCUGGAAUAAGGAGCCUGUUAUUCUGGCCUCCUGUGCUAUUGGACUGAUAGGUGCUGCUCUUCCACUAAUCAGCCCCAUCACAAAGUAUACCGGGAUGAUAAAUUCAUCUGUGCCAUACAACUACCCAGUCCCCGUGCGAGAUGAUGGAAGCAUGCCUGAUGUCCCCGCACAUCCGUGUGAACCAAAAGGAAACAACCUUGAAUGGUUUAAAAACCUAUAACUUCACAUUCUCACAAUCAAUACCUGUGAUCUUCCUCCUGUCCAUAUCUGUCUGCAGAGCUGUUCCACUCGUCCCACAAUAAAGAUUGUCUAUUUAAAUCUA